UUCUUGGAACGAGAAUGAUCGGCGACAGCGCUCGCGCAACGAGAUCGACCACCUCAGCGGAGGCACACAUUCUGUCCAUUGUUGCGACGAGCAGCUGACCGGUCGCGCGCUGCUGCGGUCGACACGACAGGAGGAUCGAUCGACCGAUCCCACCGAUAAGAGGAGCCCGCCGCCGCCGCCGGCCGGCCGGCCGCCCGUUGGUCUCCUCUUUCUUUUUCUUCAUUUGCUUGCAUGAGCAGAGGAUGCGGGUGCUAGCCGAGGAGGAGGAGGACAUGCUGCCGUCGACGCCGGGCAAGGUGAAGAUCGAGCGGGCGGGUGCCAUGACCCGGCAGCUGCACCGGUGCUUCGCCUCCACGGGCACCAUGUUCCUGUGGGCGCUCUUCCUCGUGGCCAUGACGGCCACGUACCUCAGCUUCCACUCCUUCGUCGACACCUCGUCGCGCUACUUCGCCGCGUCCUGGGGCGGCCUGCACUGGGAGCGGCAGAUCCGCGCGUCGGCGUCGCCCCGCCGGCCGCCCGGGUCGGCGGAGGGCGCGGGGCUGUCCGUGCUGGUGACCGGCGCCGCCGGGUUCGUGGGCACGCACUGCUCGCUGGCCCUGCGGAAGCGCGGCGACGGCGUGGUCGGCAUCGACAACUUCAACAAGUACUACGACCCGUCGCUGAAGAAGGCCCGGCGCGCGCUGCUGGCGUCGCACGGCGUGUUCGUGGUGGAGGGCGACAUCAACGACGGCCGCCUGCUCACCAAGCUCUUCGACGUGGUGCCCUUCACGCACGUGCUCCACCUGGCGGCGCAGGCCGGGGUGCGGUACGCCAUGGAGAACCCGGCGUCGUACGUCCACUCCAACAUCGCGGGGCUGGUGUCGCUCCUGGAGGCGUGCAAGGAGGCGGACCCGCAGCCGGCCGUGGUGUGGGCGUCCUCCUCCUCCGUCUACGGGCUCAACGACGCGGUGCCCUUCUCGGAGGCGCACCGCACGGACCGGCCGGCGUCGCUCUACGCGGCCACCAAGAAGGCCGGCGAGGAGAUCACCCACACAUACAACCACAUCUACGGCCUGUCCGUGACCGGCCUCCGCUUCUUCACCGUGUACGGACCCUGGGGGCGGCCGGACAUGGCCUACUUCUCCUUCACCCGGAACAUCCUCCAGGGGAAGCCGAUCACCGUGUACCGGGGCAGGGACCACGUGGACCUCGCCCGGGACUUCACGUACAUCGACGACAUCGUGCGCGGGUGCCUGGCGUCGCUGGACACGGCGGGGCGGAGCACGGGGACGGGCGGGAGGAAGCGCGGGCCGGCGCCGUACAGGAUCUUCAACCUGGGGAACACGGCGCCGGUGACGGUGCCGACGCUGGUGUCGAUCCUGGAGCGGUACCUGCGGGUGAACGCGAAGAAGAACGUGGUGGAGAUGCCCGGGAACGGGGACGUGCCCUUCACGCACGCCAACAUCAGCCUGGCGCGGGAGCAGCUCGGGUACAAGCCCACCACCAGCCUCGAGAUGGGGCUCAAGAAGUUCGUCCGGUGGUACCUCUCCUACUACGGGUACAACCGGGGCACGCAGGCAUUCAACAACUUGUGAUGACUCAUGGUACAUUAGCGUCGGUGUAUGUAUAUGUAGUGCAUAUGUAUGUAUGUAUGUAUGUAUGUAUGUAUGUAUGUAUGUUUUUUUUUUGUUUGUUUCUUCUUUUGCGUGGCUGGGUCCUCCACUCUCUGAUCAGAAGACUGACCAUUCUUGUUUCUUAAUUUAUGAGGAAAUACGAGGAAAAAAUCUUUUCUUA